GAUCAACAGACUUAUUAUGUUUUAUAUAUUGAUUCUAUUAUAAUAAUUAAGAAAAAUGUUGUCAAGCGUAUUAAAAUCUGUAUUCGGUUAUGACGACUUUAAAAGUGACAUACAAAAACGUGCCACUACUGCUGUUUAUGAAGGUAAACAAGAUGUUUAUGUUUGUAUGCCUACUGGAUCAGGAAAAUCACUUUGUUUUCAACUACCAGCUAUAAUGAAAAAAGAUAAAGUUGCAAUAGUAUUUUCACCAUUGUUAGCUCUUAUGAAGAAUCAAGUGGAUUUUUUAGUUAACAAAAAAAUUAAAGCCGUUUCGUUAAAUUCAAAUACAUCUACCAAAGACAGAAAUGCAAUAAUGAAAGAAUUAUCAUCCAAAUCGCCGCAGAUCAAAUUAUUGUAUAUUACACCUGAAAUGGGAGCACAAAAGCAUUUUCAAGAACUUAUAAUUAAAUUACAAAAAGCUAAGGCUAUAUCUUAUUUUGUUGUUGAUGAAGCACAUUGUUUGAGUCAAUGGGGUCAUGAUUUUAGACCUAGUUACAGACAAUUAGGUGUAUUUAAAAAGCUUUGUCCUGAUAUUCCUAUAAUUGCUUUAACUGCUACAGCUGCAAAGGAGGUAGUAGUUGACAUAUUAAAGACAUUGAACAUGAAAAAUAUAUUAAGGUUUUCAAUUCCAGUGUUUCGUCCUAAUCUCUAUUAUGAUGUAUGGUUUUUAGACGUAUUAGAUAAACCAUUUGAUCAUCUUAAACAUUUCAUUGUGGAAGCCCUUGGUCCAUUAAAUGAUUCUGUACCGAAAGAUAAGAGAAAUUGUGGUAUUAUUUAUUGUAGAAAAAAAGAAGCAACAGAAAUUAUAGCUAAUAAAUUAAAUAUGUCUAACAUUCCAACAUUGGCAUAUCAUGCUGGUUUAAAAAAUCAAGAACGUAAUGAAGUUCAAAAUAAAUGGACAAUGGGUGAAGUUUCUGUUAUUGCAGCAACAUGCAGUUUUGGAAUGGGUGUUGAUAAACCAACUGUAAGAUUUGUGGUGCAUUGGACAGUUCCACAAAAUAUUGCAGCAUAUUAUCAAGAAUCUGGUAGAGCAGGUAGAGAUGGUAAUCCAGCCUUCUGCAGAGUAUAUUUCAGUAACGAAGAAUUUGGAAUUAUUUCAUUUUUGAUAAAGGAAGAACAUUCUCAGAAAAAAACAGAAUUUGCACAAGUACAAUGGAAGAAUUUUGAAAAAAGUGUUUCAUAUUGUCUAGAGACCAAAUGUCGACAUAGCGUAUUUUCUAAAUACUUUGGAGAUAGUCCACCUGCGUGCAAAAAUCGUUGCGACGUAUGUAAAAAUAAAGAUAUUGUUCAAGCAAGAAUAUCACAAUUUGAAAUGUGUCGAUCACGACCGGGUAGAUAUUCGAAUAAAUCUUCGAGCAGCGGAGAUGGUUUUGCAUUUUCUAAAUAUGAUGAUAUGACCGACUACCAAGAAACUUGCGUCCCAAGAGAAAAAUUAAUCGCCGAUGCUAAACGAGAAACUAAAGAAUUAAUUGAAAAGCAAUUUGCUUUGCGUCGAAAUAACAAUCGUAAUGAAGAGGUGAAAAAAAAAAAUAACGAAGAUGCUAAACAAGCUAAUGUUCGUGCAGCUGAGAGUACUGAUAUAAAAAUAAAAGGUUUGACUGUACAGUUACGAGAAUAUUUUUAUGAUAAGUUAAAAACGGUCUUACAUGAGAAUUAUAAAUGUACAUCUGAAAAAAUCGGAAGAGAUUUUCAAGAAAAAGAUAUGCAUAAUAUUGCUUGCCAAUUAGAAUACGAUAUGCUCUGUAGUACAAGACUUCUUAACAAGUAUAAAUUUGAAAUGUCUAAAUUGAUUUCAUCUAUACGGAAAAGUGAUACGAUACAUGAAGCCUUGAUGGAAUAUAAUAUUAAUUAUGAAGAUUACUCACAAACAACAGCAUCUAAAGCAGUACCUACGAAUUUAAAUGGCGGUCAAAAUAAGUUAAAGAAUAAUGAUAUAAAGAAAAAGGAAAAUAAUAAACAAUGCAGAGUCAUGUCAUAUUUACAAGGCAAAUCAAGCAAUAGUUCUCAUGAUACUGCAUUCAAGACAGCUUUAGAAAUUAAAAAUAGUAAUCAAGUAGAAGUUAGCAAGAAGGAUGAAUCCAACAAAAAUUAUAAUGAGACUUAUAUUGACAAUGAAAUUAAAACAAUGAUGACUGAUCAUAAAGAAAAAGAAACAAUAAUAAAAGAUCAUAAUGUUGCUUUCGUUUCAGCCAGAAUAAUUAAUGAAAACAAUGUUCAAACUGCAAAGAAAAAAGUCCAUAGUGUGCCCAAAACAAGUAUUAAAGAGAAAAAAGUUAAUAAAAAUGUUAUUACAAAAAAAAAAAUUUAUGAAUAUCUUUCAACUUCUAAAAGUUCCACCAGUAAAGAUACGACUAAAGAAAUUAAACUUGACAAUAAAUCAGAAACUUCAAGCAAUAAUGAAAAACUUAUAAAUGAGAUUAAAGUACGUAAAGGUACAAAUAAACGUAAAGUUAUUGAUUCAUCAGAUAAUACUCGUAGUAAGAAAAGAAAAAACUAAAAAUCAAAGUAUAAUAAACAGUUUAAUAAAAAUGAAAAUUUUUGCAAACUUAAAAGAAACAAGGACAAUAUAACAGAUAAUGUUUGUUCUGUCGUAAUUAUAAAAUCGUUAGAGAAGUAAUCUAUUUAUAACCUAUAUAAUAAAUGUAUAUAUA